CUCGUUAUUGUGAUGCGGCUUCGUUUUUACUGGUGUAAACAAGUAGUGCGGCUAUACGUGCAGUCAUGCGCUGCGCACCACUACAGGAGUAAGAAAAGGCGCGAUAAGCGACAGACUCGUAGUAUCCGUUUUUACAGGCUGUCGACUGGUCGCGCAAAUCUCCGAACGACUAGUCUGGUGCUUUUUUGCGAUGAAAUUCCUCGCCGUUCGCAAACUGGAUUGCAGAAAAUUACAUUACGAAAAGGGUCGGGGAUAGCACAACACAUUCACAUGCAUUACGAAGCUAAAUUGGAUGAUGUUUGCAAGCUGCAAAAAAUAACUAUUUGUGAUGAGGUAAUGCCGGUGGACGCCAAAUACAAGCAUAACCGAAAUGUUCCUAAAAGGCAUCUUGGUAGUAAGAUGCUUUCGAUAUUUGGCAGCUCGACGAAUGGCAAUUCGCGAAUUUUCAAGUCACAAGCCCAGCUGUCGAAAAUUAAUGUCGUCAAACCACGUCCCACGCAGAAUGCAGGUCGAUUUUCUCCCAAUGACAACGAUCCCGAAUGUUUUCAUCGCGCCAUCAGUAAAAUCCUGAUGAUAGCUCAAUUUUUCGGGAUUUUACCAGUCACCGGCAUACGUGCGAGUUCAGCGAGGAGAUUCGUUUUCAAACCAUUAUCUCCUCGUGUCAUUUACUGCUACGUUAUACUGAUGGCAAUUAUCGUGAUGACGUCUAUAUCCGUGUUACAUCUACUGAAGACACUUAAUGCUAAUAGCUUCUCGACCAAUGGAGGAAUAGCAGAUGCUACUGCGGGAGCAAUUUUUUACGGUAAUAGUCUAUUUGGCAACAUCAUGUUUUUACGACUUUGCCCGCGAUGGAUUUCAAUUCAGUACGACUGGAGAGCCAUGGAACGACUUCUUGACAAUCACGUUGGCAUAGCUAAAUGCAAAAGGCCAGCACUGCGUUGGAGGUUCAACCUUAUCGCUGGGAUAAUCUUGGGCCUGGCAUUGAUCGAACAUAUUCUUAGUAUGGUUAAUAACACGACGGUGGAGGUGUUUGAUCGUAAUCAUUCUUUCGAGGACUUCCUUAUCUCUUACACCAACAAGUCGCACAGUUUCAUUGUGAAAAAUGUGAGCUACAAUUUCACUCUAGGACUGUUCAUCUUCAUAGUGAGCAAGAUCUCCACAUUCACGUGGAAUUUUACGGAUCUGUUUAUCAUGCUGAUAUCGGUCGGACUAACAGAGAGGUAUAAGUGUUUGAACGAGCGGGUUACCAGAGUGUCGGCGGCCCAACUAUCCUCGACCGACUGGCAAGAACUUCGCGAAAGUUACGCGGUGCUGAGCGCCCUGGUCAAGAAAGUCGACAACAAGAUCUCCGGUAUCGUUCUUUUGUCCUUCGGCAACAACAUUUACUUCAUCUGCCUGCAACUCCUUAACGGACUUACGCCAAGCCAUACGGGCAAUAACAUCGUUAACUCCAUCUACUUCUUUGGGUCGUUUAUUUUUCUAAUUGGUAGAACAGCGGCAGUCACACUAUUGUGUGCUCGCAUCAACGACCAAUGCAAAGUCAUACUUCCAACCCUCUAUAAUUGUCCAACGAUGAAUUACAAUUUAGAAGCUCAACGACUACACCAGCAAAUUACCACUGACGACGUUGCCUUGACUGGUCAUCGAUUUUUUUCCAUUACCCGUAAUUUCAUGCUCGCUGUUGCCGGAGCGAUUGUUACGUACGAGGUCGUUCUCUUGCAGUUCAAUGUUGCUCUCAGAAGGGAUGAUUAGGCUGGGACUUAGCGAUAAGAGACCUUUUUAUUUAUAUUCACAAACAUCCUUUUCAACUGGAUUA